AUGUCUGUGAGCAGUGGACCAAUCGGAGCAUCCCUGACCCAGGAGAUCCUCAGCUCGCUGGGCCUUGCCAACAAGACAGCAGCUUGGGGGACUUUGGGCACCCUCAGGACUUUCUUGAGCUUCAGUGUGGACAAGGAUGUUCAGAAGCUGCUGAAGGCCAUUACAGGCCAAGGUGUGGACCACAGCACCAUUGUGGAUGUCCUGACCAAUCGGAGCAGAGAGCAAAGACAGCUCAUUUCUCGAGCCUUCCAAGAGCGUACCAAACAGGACCUCCUGAAGUCCUUGCAGGCAGCACUGUCUGGCGACCUGGAGAAAAUUGUGGUGGCUCUCCUACGGCCUGCAGCCCAGUCUGAUGCCCAGGAAUUGAGGACAGCCUUGAAGGCCUCAGGUUCUGCUGGAGAUGUAGCCUUGGAAAUUCUGGCCACCAGAGCAGCACCCCGACUGCAGGAGUGCCUGGCAGUAUAUAAACAUGAUUUCCAGGUGGAGGCUGAGGAAGAUAUCAGAACUGAGACCAAUGGCAUCUUGCAGGACCUGCUUCUGGCCCUAAGCAAGGGGGGCCGCGAGAGCUACUCUGGGGUCAUUGACUACAACUUGGAAGAACAAGAUGUCCAGGCACUCCAGCAGACCGGAGGAUCCAGUACAGCAAGUCAAUGGGUCCUGAUCUUUACACAACGGAGCCCUGAACACCUCAUCCGAGUGUUUGAUCAGUACCGGAGAUGCACUGGGCAAGAAUUGGAGGAUGCUGUCCGCAGCUGUUUCCACGGAGAUGCUCAGCGGGCUCUGCUCAGCCUGGCUUCCAUAAUGAGAAACACAGCGCUGUACUUCGCUGACAAACUUCACCAAGCCCUUCAGGAAACUGAGCCUGAUUUCCAGGUGCUGACCCGAGUCCUUGUCUCCCGGAGCGAGAUCGAUCUUCUGAGCAUUCGGGCUGAGUUCAAGAAGAAAUUUGGGAAGUCUCUAUAUUCUUCUCUCCAGGGUACAGUGAGAGGGGAUUGUCACUCGGCCCUCCUGGCCCUGUGCAGAGCCGAAGACAUCUGAGACCUUGUGGACCCACCCUGACCCAGCAUUCAAGAAUCUGGGGAUUCCCAUGUUUGGUUGAACACAUGGGAGAC